AUGCAAGGUCUUGCUCCUGUUGCUGAAUUCUUUGCUAAGAUCAAGGCACUUUGGGAUGAUAUUAGUGGAGUGAAUCCUUUACUUGUAUGUACUUGCAGUGGUUGCACUUGUAAUUUGAUUCAGAAAAUUUUGAAACAGCAACAGGAAAAGAGAUUGGUGCAAUUGUUGAUGAAGUUGGAUGCUAAGUAUGCUGGUGUGAGAACAAAUUUGUUGAUGAUGCAGCCACUCCCUACUAUUUUAGUAGCUUAUAGGUUACUGAUGCAAGAGGAGAAACAAAGACAAGUGAGUAUGGUGGAUGAUUCUGGUACUAUGGCUUUUGCAGCUGAUGGAAGGAGAUACAAUUCCUCUUACAAUUCUCCUCCUAGACCUACAGGGAAUUUCAGAUUUCAGAAUACAGGGCAAAUGAGACCUAACUUUUCUUCUGGUUCUACUGGUUUUAAUAAGUACAAAGGGAAGAAGAUUGCAGCUAUUGUAUAUGGAGAAGAAGAGAAUGAUCAUGAAAGUUCUUAUGAGACUGCUCAUAUUUCCAUGGGACAAUAUAAUCCUUUUUUGCAGAUGGUGAAUCAGGAUGGUUCUCAGUCUGGAGUUAAUUCUGCUGGAACAAGCAAUGCAAGUGCACAGAAUUUUCUACAGACUCCUGGUUCAGCCUAUGUGGCAGAUACUUGUCUCUUGACUUGUUUCAAUACUAAAUGGAUAAUUGAUAGUGGUGCUAUAGAUCACAUGUGCUCUUAUUUAGAUCUAUUUGAUAGUUAUCAUAAGCACACCAAAUAUCCAAACACAAUCACAGUGGCAAAUGGGAAACAAGUAGUGGUUGAACAUAUUGGAAUUGUUAAAUUUCAAAAUGGAAUUGAGUUGAAAAAUGUUCUUCAUGUUCCUAAUUUUCAAUUCAAUUUAAUAUCUUCACACAAGUUGUGUAAGGACCUAGGAUGUGACAUUAAGUUCACACAUGAUACCUGUGUGAUUCAGGAUCCUCACAAGAACUCUUCCUUGGUUCUUGGUAAGCUAGAGUCUGGAUUAUAUGCUGUUAAUGAUGGUGGUGAGCUUUUGCAGCAAAAAAAUCAGUCAAGACUGAACAUGAUAGCAUUUGUCAAGUAUGUCCCAAGGCUAAACAAACCAGAUUACCUUUUCCUCUUAGUUCAAAUGUCUAUUAAUACAUGGACUUUUCUUUUGAGAAAUAAAUCUGAUGCAGUGAAGAUCAUUGAAAAUUUUGCUAUUCUUGUUGCUAAUCAGUUCAAUAAAACAAUCAAGUGUAUUAGAUCUGACAAUGCCAAAGAAUUGUGUGAAGAAGAGUUGCACGAUACACCACAGCAAAAUGCUGUGGUGGAAAGAAAACACAGACACUUGCUGGAAAUAGCAAGAGCUUUGUAUUUUCAAUCUAAUGUGCCUGAGUUUCUUUGGGGUGAGUGUUUACUUGCAGCUACUCAUCUUAUUAACAGGAUGCCUUUAAGCUCUAUUGGCUUUCUUAGUCCUUAUGAAAGAAAUCAAUCAGGCACCUAUAAGGCAAUCUACCAACCUGUCAAACCACCAUCAUGGUGGAAUAAUUAUGUUGCUUGUGAGGCUCAUCAUUGGUGUAAUAUAGUAGUGUUUGAUGAUUUACCAGCACCUCAUAGAGCUUUGAUUUGCCAGACUAACAAGGUUACUGAACCUGUUAGCUAUUUUGAGGCUUCUCAGAAUCCAGAAUGGGUUUUUGCAAUGCAGAAAGAGAUUCAAGCUUUGAUGGAUAAUGAUACUUGGGAUUUGGUGCAGCUUCCUAAGGGUAAAAAAGCUAUAGGGUGCAAAUGGGUGUUCAAGGUUAAACUUAAGGCUGAUGGGUCUGUUGAAAGGCUUAAGGCAAGAUUAGUUGCUAAGGGGUUUACAUAG